UCACCACCAGAGGUAAUUCACAGCUUGUGCAGUAGCCAGAGCUGAGCUCAUGAAUGUGUGGGUGGCUGUUCUAGGGACAGGAGCGCCAUGUUUGUUUCACAUUCACACAUGCCUGUAGCUAGUAAUAACUUAUGUAAGUUUUCAGUAUUGUUGUAAAAGAGAAUUUCAGUGGGAUGCUUUGUUCUCAGGUGUAGAGCAAACUUGUGCUGAAAUUGAACCCAUCAUGCAGGGCAUGGGAGGGUCCUCACAGCCGCUUCACACUGUAAAGAUGCACAGGUAUUGAGUCUUCUCCAUGACCCCAGUAACAGGCAGAACCAAUCAAUUCAGGAUUGUACGGAUGGAGAUGGACAGCACACAUUGGCUCCACUCCAAGGCAUGAGUUCGAAAAGCCUAAACAGUUACAUAUGUGGAAUGCAUAAAAUGUGUAUAUUCUAAACAAAGAAGUUGGCCCUAAAAUUACUUCACAAUAUUUCAUAAAAGAUACCAAUCUGCAGGAUGACACACAUAAUUCUCACUAUGAAUUAAGGCCCUAACAAUAUUGAACAUUUUAAAAUUAAGAUGUUAACAGGAUUCUCCUCUAAGUCUCGUUGCAAUUAGUUUGGAUUAGAAAAGUGAAUUUAACUUUUGAGAAUUCCCAUUGGAGAGCAUGGAUAAAGCCAGAAAAGGUUCUAAAAGUGGAGUCACAGUAAAGUCAGCUGUCUGAACAUCUCCUUAGGGCUGGCUUGGUGUCUUGGGCCGAGGUCAGUAAUGCAUGAGAGGCUUCAGAACAAAGGACCGUGUUUUCUCCUGUGCUUUGUCUUAUGUCCCUGUGAGUACUCCAAGUGUCUUGUGUUGUCACUAAGUACUUGGAGAAGUACUUAGGAGACAGAAACUAAUGUCAUUAUAAUGAACGACUUCACUACCGAGUGAACAUUUUAGCUUUGAUGAAGAGGUAAAUUUUAGCAUUACAAGCUUCACACAUCAUAUCGAGUUGGUUUCAGGUUCUCACAGAGGGACACUGUGCAUAUUCCAGUGGAAUCAGUCAGUGUGUCCAAGUCUCUGCACUGACUUCUGUCAUCCAGACACAUUGGCCGGGCUCUCCUCAUACAAAGAUAGGAAGAAUGGUCAGACCUCUCAAUAGACCUGACACUCUACCAUGUAGUACAGAAUCCUUGAUCUGGAUAGAACAUGUAUGGCUGCUUAGAACACACAGUAAAAAGUCCAUCUUAUGAAGAGUAUUUAAUGUAUUGAAAAUAAACAGAUUGUAAUUGUGAAUUCAUACCAAAAGAAUACGUUUCACAAGAAGGCGCUAGUUGCUAGUUUUCAGGAAUGUGUUUUUGAUAGAAUAUUGUAUUACUCAUAGGAGGCAGAAAACGUAAAGUGAAUGAUUUUGGACUCCCUCCUCUCUAGACUGUGAAGCUGACUUAGGAAAGCCAACUGUCGCCUGACACAUGGGGUCUGUUGUAGUGGGUUUUUCUAGGAUCUGUAAGAUGUCAGUUGCUUUGUACCAGUCAGCUUCCUUAAGGCAGCCAGACCUUUUUGCUAUAAAUUGCUAGAGAUGGCAUAACCCCAACUGGGAGCCUGCAAGAAAGAUGUUCAAUCAUUUUGGGUCCUUUGUAGUAAGUCCCAGAAUCAGUUUAUACAUUGUUUUUACUAUAGUAGCCUUAAAUUGUUGGGUGUCUGUUCUUUUUAUUUUUAUUUUUCCUAUAGCUCUGAGUACCCAGUGUUAAUUUAACCUGCAACUUAUACGUGGAAGUGUUUUAAAUUAGGUUGAGAAUGCAAGGGAAGGAUCAUCCAUCCUGGUAGGUGACCAGACCACUGCACACCUUAACACUGAAUCCUCACAGAAGCUGGCCACUAGUGUACUUUGGUGACUGUCCCUAUUCAACAGGAGCUCAUGACUUCCAUAGUCAUGAUCACCUUUACCUCCUGACACCUCUUUAGCUCAGUUAUAAAGGCAGAGACACCACGUCUCAGGAACAUAUAUCACCUCCUUCUAGUCAGCAGGCCAUCAGUGUGUGUGUGUGUGUGUGUGUGUGCACUUUGAAGUGGUUCCAUAAUGCUGAUCAGCAUGUAACAGGAUGGGUCCUGCAAGCUUACGUUAUCUAAGACAAUAGGUAGUACUUUUUUAAAAUGUGAACAAUGGCAAGCUGAGCUGACAAAGGGGACAGUGAUCAAGUCAGUGUGUCCUGGGAACUGGCUCCUCACCUCCUGUCUACUGGCUCAGAGUUUGUCAAGCCCUGAGUGUCAGCCGUUGUCAUGCUGCUCUUUACAGUAGGCAGAGUCCACACCAUGAGCUUAAACCUCCCAGCACCAUGGGGUUUCUAACUACACCUCCCAAUCCUUCCACAGAGCCUGGAUUCCUUCUGAAAACAUCCAGGAUAUCACGGUCAAUGUUCACCGACUGCACGUGAAGCGCAGCAUGGGCUGGAAGAAGGCCUGUGACGAGCUGGAACUGCAUCAGCGCUUCCUCCGUGAAGGAAGGUUCUGGAAGUCUAAGAAUGAGGACCGAGGUGAGGAAGAGGCAGAAUCCAGUAUCUCCUCCACCAGUAACGAGCAGCUGAAGGUCACUCAAGAGCCAAGAGCAAAGAAAGGACGACGUAAUCAGAGUGUGGAGCCCAAAAAGGAAGUAAGUUGCCCGCCUCACAGUGUCCAGGUGGCAAUCGAAAGAGGAAAGAGUCUCAAAGUACGCUCAAGACAGUCAAGUAAUAUCCGUCAAGUUAAGGCCCAGUCUCCCGACUCCUGUCGUUGUGGACUGCUGCUCGACCAGCACGCCAGUGCACAGUCUCCGUCCCCAGAACCCGAGCCAGAAACGGAAGCAGUGAGUUCCAGCCAGGAAAUCCCCACAAUGCCUCAGCCAAUUGAGAGGGUGUCAGUGUCAACCCAGACCAAGAAGUUAAGUGCCUCUUCCCCACGAAUGCUGCAUCGAAGCACUCAGACGACGAGCGACGGCGUCUGUCAGAGCAUGUGCCACGACAAGUACACCAAAAUUUUUAAUGACUUUAAAGACAGGAUGAAGUCGGACCACAAGCGGGAAACAGAGAGAGUGGUCCGUGAAGCGCUGGAAAAGUUGCGUUCUGAAAUGGAAGAAGAAAAAAGACAGGCCGUGAACAAAGCUGUGGCCAGCCUGCAGGGCGACAUGGACAGAAAGGGUAAGCAGCUGAAGGAGAAGUGCAAGGAAGAGUUUGUAGAGGAGAUCAAGAAGCUAGCGGCGCAGCACAAGCAGCUCAUUUCCCAGACCAAGAAGAAGCAGUGGUGCUACAACUGUGAGGAGGAGGCCAUGUACCACUGCUGCUGGAACACGUCCUACUGCUCCAUCAAGUGCCAGCAGGAGCACUGGCACGCAGAGCACAAGCGCACCUGCCGCCGGAAGAGAUGAGCCUGCCGCCACCCUCACACGCAGCGGUUUUUGUUCCCAAGAAGCCAAAAUUGUUUAGAAUUUGCUUCCCAUUUUGCACCAGCCUUUAAACACUUUUCGUGGUGAAAUUUUGCACAGUAGUUUAAAUCUUUUGUUAAUGCUCCUCCGGCAUUUUUCGGGGGCUGAAGUAACAUCAAUGGAGGGUACUACUCUAAAUAAAUCUAAUUGCGGAUUUGUUGCAUUUUCAGCAAAUUUUAAAACAUUUUUAGGUUUUACAGAAAUUUUAACCUUUAAACAACAAAUCUUAAAAAAACAACGACAGGUGAAUAAGAGAGAGUCUAACAGAGACAGAACGGAGCUGAAUGUAAGAGCGGAUGCUUCAGAACAGACUACCUGGCCGUGACCUUGCUGAGCUGGUUUUGGGCAGCUUGCUUACUGCCUACAGGCCUUGCCUGGGGCUGUGCUGGCGGCAUGUGAUUGAAUAUAGGGAACAGGGUUCACACAGCAGGGCUAGCCCUGCGGAUUUUUUCUUAAAUAUUUCCCAAUUGUGUUUUCAUUAUUUCUUUUCAAUAUAUAACUUUUAUAACAAAUUAUUAGCUUUGAUCUUGUAGUUUAAAAUUGCAGGGAAACUGGGGUAAUCUUUUACUGAGCUGGAUCUUAGAGAAAAAUGAAUAUUUAAAUUUUAAAGUUUGCACAUUUCAUCUUUGUCCUGACAUGAGUGCUUGUAACAAAAUCAGCAGCAAAAACAAAAAUCAAAAGCCAAAAACUACCUGUACUCAGAACACGGAAUUACAGCUGAGGCAUACGAGUUUAUAACUGAGUCCCCUCCCACCUUCCCUCCCCAGUGCCACCCUAACCCACCCUGUGUCUCCUACUCAGAGGGAGAGAGCACUUGCGUGUCACACACUGCUACUAACAAAUCCCUGACUGUACACAGUGAGAAUGCAUGCUCCGUUCCUUGUAUUAAAGAUGCCGUGAUUUGUACAAAGUCCGUAUUCUGCGGGGUGUCUGCUUAAGCAGCGUUACUGGUAGGAAUGGAUCGAUAGUUGAAUAACAUUUUUUAUACAUAGAUAUAUAAAAGACAACCAGGAAAAUUAAAUUUCUUUAAAACUAUCUCACCAAUUGUUUUUUUUUCUCCUCCAAGACUCAUCACAGACCGAACCAAAUUCCUACUUUAUCCUUUAGUUAUUUUUUGAGGUUAGAGAAAUAAUUUGUAAAUAUUUAUUUAGACCUUUGAUAUUUAUUAAAGCAAUUACUCAAAACAGAAGUGAAAGAGUCGGGAGAAAAGCCUUUAAGACAGUUUUCCCCGGUUCAUCAGGGUCACUCUAAAGAUGAAAGGAAGGAGCCGUCUGUGAGGCCUCCUCCACGCAGUGCCGGUGCUACUGCAGACGGCGUAACUACUGCCACACACGCGCACGGGGCGAGCUCUUUUGUAAAACCAACCGUAGCCCAGGAGCUCCCUCGGGUUAUACAGGAACUGCAAUAGCUUACAGGCACCACCGCCCCCUCCUCGCUGCCGUGUACCAUCACUGCUGCUGCGCUGCCCGAACAAGGACACUUGACGGUCUUUGAUUGUUUUCAGACGUUGAUCCACCCCUGUGAGAGCAAGUUAUUGUGGGAAUAUUUUUGGUGUAAAAUCAUUCCAGAGUAUGUACUAUUUACCUGAUAGCUGCAUGAACGUGAGGUCCCUGUUACUUUGGCUUCUUGUCUCUGUCGACACGGCUGCACAUUUCCAAGUAACUACAGUGUGAAAACUGUGUGUUUUAAAAAAAAACAA